AUUGUUUAGAAACUUUCAGAGUCAAUUUCGUGAUUAGAAAACAAUUACUUAUAUUUGAUAUGUACAUAGCUGAAUAAAUAGUUUUAAACGAGUUUCAAACCAAUAAAAGUUUUACACGCAAAAUAAAAAAAAUUUAUCACUGCCAGUACGUCAUGGAAUGACAGCUAUAAGACGUCUCUCUACGUCGGUGAUCAGUUAACAUAAUUAGUUUUUACCUGAUGUAUCAUCAACAAAAUUAUUUUUUCUUAAGACUUCACGACAACAAGGUUAAUUAUCGGAUUAUCUGUCAAUCUUUUUUUAUCAAUUAUACGUAUAAAGAAAAAAACACUGAAAAAAACAUUUAGUAGUCAUAACAAAGAAGAUAAUUAAAUGUACGAUGGACAUAAAAAUUCAAACUCAACAUAAAAAUGAUUGAUUGGCUUCAUACAGAGCUUGAAUAUUUUAAAGUGCUUAAAAAAAUACAUAGUAACUCAUAAACCAUGCAGUUAAUACUCAAAAAAAAUGAUAGCUCAUAAAAUAACCGUAGCACCGAUAAGAAAACGUUUCUUAAUCAUAUUGGUGGUAAUAUUAGUGCCAUGUGUUAUUUUGAAUCUCAUUUCAACUCCAGAUUUAACUGAAGAGACAGUAUUACAAAAUGAAAUUGCCGAGCUUCAAGCUAAAUUGGAGCAUCUUCAAUCUAAAUACAUUACUACUCAAGAAGAGAUUAAUUUACUGUCCCAUCAAUUACUUACGAUGACUGAAAAUAAUCAUAUUUUACCAGAUCUCCAGUUUCUUUUUAAUAAUGGGACUUCAAACAUAACAAAUAUUAAAUUGCCAUCAAUAUAUAAUUUUUUACCUCAUUUUCUCAAUGAUGUCAACAGCUUAAGACCAGCUUUUCUUCAGAGUAAAGGCAGAACAGGAGUCAGUAUGGUUUUAGGCAUUCCAACAGUUAAAAGAGAAGUGCAAAGUUAUCUAUUAGCAACUCUAAAGAAUUUAUUAGAUUCAAUGACACCCGAGGAAGCUGCUGAUACGGUGAUAAUUGUAUUAGUAGCUGAGACAGACUUAGAUUAUGUAACUUAUGUUGCGAAACAAAUAGAAGUUCAGUUUCCUUGGGAAUCAGAAGCGGGACUUAUCGAAGUUAUAUCGCCAUCACCGUCUUAUUAUCCAGACUUAAGUAAACUUAAAGAUACUCUUGGAGAUGACCAUCAACGUGUGGUAUGGAGGUCGAAACAGAAUUUAGACUUUGCUUACUUAAUGUCUUAUGCACAAGCCAAAGGAACAUUUUAUGUACAACUAGAAGAUGAUAUUUUGGCAAAGAAGAAUUUUAUUAAAACUAUGAAAACAUACGCUUUACAGAAAAUCAGUCAAAAAGAGAAUUGGUUUGUUCUAGAUUUUUGCCAGCUGGGAUUUAUAGGAAAACUUUUCAAAUGUGUAGAAUUGCAUUGGUUAGUGCAAUUUUUUUUAAUGUUCCACAAUGAUAAACCAGUGGAUUGGCUUUUGGAUCAUUUAAUUUCUACUAAAGUUUGCAGUUUAGACAAAGAUAGUAAACAUUGUAAAAUAGCGAAAGCAGAAUUAUGGCUGCAUUAUAAGCCAUCUCUAUUCCAACACAUUGGAACUCAUUCUUCAUUAAAAGGAAAAGUACAAAAGUUGAAAGAUAAACAAUUCGGAAAAAUUACAUUAUAUUAUCCUCAUGAAAAUCCGGAUGCAACUGUAGAAUCAGAAAUAAAUGUUUAUAAACAAUACACUUUGACCAAAGCAUACAAGGGUGAAUCUUUUUUUUGGGGUCUUUUGCCUCAAGCAGGAAACCAUUUGAAGUUCAAAUUUUCGAAGCCAAUAUUUAUUAAAAAAUUCCUCUUUAGAAGUGGAAAUCCAGAACAUCCUUCAGACAAAUUUUACAACACGACGAUAGAAGUGUUACCAGAAUUCUCUAAUGCUGUAAAUAGAAACAAUGAUGAUGUAACUGAAGACGGUUAUGUUAUUAUCGGUAAAUUCGACAAUCUUGGAAUUGCUCAAGGAACAGUAGAUCGCAAAUUGGGAAAAAUUACCGCAAUCAGGCUAACUGUUCAUAGUGAAAGUGAAAACUGGGCCAUUUUGUCAGAGAUUCAUAUAGUGGAAGAUGAAUCUAGAUGACAACCAAAUGAAAGUGGAGGUAAAUAUCGUUAUCCAGUACAUUGAAAAUUCUCAAAUUAAAUUUUACAAAUAAUAUUUAUUAUCUAUUCACUACCAAUGUGCUUAAAAAUAUGCUAAAAAUGACCAUAAUACUUUAUUAUUAUAUAUAAAAAUAUUCCAUAAUUACGUGGCUGCUACAGUGUACAAUCAAUGAAAAAAUAUUUAAGUGCCUGUUAAUCAAAGGAAUUAAAAAAACUUGAUUAUUUUACAAUAACACGAUUUAGAUAAAACUUGUUGUUUAGGCAUAAAGACUAUUGUUGAUUAACUAAUAUUUUCAAAAAUUUUACUUACUGUUGUAUGUAUUGUUACAUUUUAUUUUUACGAAAUGCUUUUGAUUUUCGAAAAUUUUAAUUGUAAAUUAAUCCUAGCGAAAUGGUAGAAUUUUUACUGUCAACCCACAGAAUUUUGUUAAGAGUUAAUUUAUUGCUAAUAAGCAUUUGCUUUCAUUUAUGACAAAAUCACUGUUUUUUGCUUAGAGGUUUAUUUUUACAGAGAUUGUAAAUUCAUAGUAUAUUUUUAACACUAAAUUAUUAAUCGUAUUGAAUAUUUUACUGUUUUAAAUAUACAUAUUUAUGUACUAAUAAAAUAUACGAAAAGUACAUUGACAUAUUUAUAAAUUAAUAUUAUAUGUAAUGAAAUAUUGUACAUCAAAUGGUGCAAUUGAAACCAAAAGACUUUCAAAUUUAUAAAAUUAAAAAAAUCUAAAUAUUGGUAAGCUAAAAAUGAACACUGUGCAUUUCAUUUUAUGAGACAGGGUUUUAGAUAAUUACUAAAGAGUUCACUAUUUAAAAUAUAACAAAAAUAGAUUUAAUGGUUACAUUUUUUUAAUAUCCGUUGAAUGUUUUUUAUUGUUAAGUUCU